CAUUGAUCACGUGCUCUUCUUCCCCAUUCUCCAAUCUUCCAUCGCGCCACGUGGCAGAACGACCUCCUAUUGCACGAGCUCCACCAGGUCUCUCUGCCACUCAUAUAAAUAAUCAAAAUCCUCACUCCAUUGAUUCCAUCAAACUCAACUCCCUCUCUACUACUCUGCCUCAACCAGCUUCAAACAAAUUAACGGUCUUCCUCAAAGUGCAGACUUUGUACUUCGAGGAACUCUUCAAGAUGGAGAUAGGUUCUGCAAGGUGUUGCCUUGACAAACAAGUGUCCUGGUUCUCAAGGAAUUUAAGAACAUUAGGUUGGGAAAAUAUUGACAAACUUCCAUAUAAUGUGGCUGCUUGGAAGUUAAGGAUGGGCUACCCAAGGUUGAUGUAUUUGCAUCAAUCUUCUAUGGGAAAGCAUCCCAUGGCCCAUGUGUUCUGGAGAAGAUAUUCCAUACCUGUUAGUUUGGAGGAAUCAUCAUCACUAAAGUCGAAGAAUUAUUCUAGUAAUGCUGAUGCAACUGAGUUGCCAGAGAAUCUUCUUGCUCAACCACUAAGCAGGGAUGAGUUAAAGUCGCUGCUGGCUGAUUCUGAAAGAACGAGGCUCAUUAGAAAACUAAGUGAAGCCAAUCAACAAAACCGCUUUCUCAAACGACAGUUACAUGUAAAGGAGGAUGCAUUAGUUAAUUUCAAAAGCAAACUUGCUGUCUUGGAACUUGAAGUUCAGGCUUUGGUCACACUCGCAGAAGAAAUAGCAAAAUCUGUCACUCCAGUAGGUUCAAGAAAGAUCAAUGGCAAAUACAUUCAAUCUCAUCUUCUUUCCCGAUUAGAAGCUGUAUGUGAAAAGCUGAAUGAACAGAUAAAAGAUGUGGAUGCUGCACGAUCCAAAGAGGUUCCCUUGUUCUGGAUUGGCAUGGCAGAGAGUGUGCAAGUAAUGGGAACCUUUGAUGGAUGGAGUCAAGGAGAGCACUUAUCGCCAGAAUACACCGGUUCUUUCACGAAGUUCUCAACAACAUUAAUGCUUAGGCCUGGAAGGUACGAAAUCAAGUUCUUGGUGGAUGGAGAGUGGCAUCUAUCCCCAGAAUAUCCUACCAUUGGAGAGGGACUAAUGGAAAAUAACUUGCUAAUUGUGGAAUAACUGUGCAUCUGUAGUUCUGGUUAAAAAAUGGUUAAUACAGAAAGUGAAUGACCUCUUUCUUAGUUUGAGCUUCUUUCAGGUUGUUUAUCAUAUUAUCUUGCUAGUUAGUUGGAUCAGCAUAGGAGAGAGAUAUCUGGUCUCAUUCUGCGUGUUUGACAGCUUGAGAGUAAUCCCAACUUGCUUGCCUUCUUCA